GUACUACGUAAACAAACUAGCAACCCGGAAACUCUCUGAGUUCUGUAACUGUCAGUAGCUAAAUGUUUCGCUUGUGGCUCCGCGGCACUAAAACAACUCGGGCGAAACUGUCGGUGUUAUCCCGUAGAAACAUGUCGGUAACGUCCAGUCAGUGUGACGUUAAAAACAACAGGUCGAUUCACUCGGACAGCCUUGAGGAGGUUCACAACGUCCCGCUGCACGUCAUCGUCAGACCGAUUCCUCCGGUGCUGGAUGAGCUGAAGGUUCAGAGUCUGGUCAACACGAUGCAGGAGACGGCCGACAUCAGUGUUGUUCCUCCCAUCGACGUGCUCUGGAUCAAAGGCAGAGAGGGGGGGAACUACUUCUACUCUUUUGGAGGCUGUCACAGGUUUGCUGCGUACGAGAGGCUGAACAUGUCGACUAUCCCGGCCAAGCUGAUCAAGUCAAACAUCUCAGACCUCAGCACCUACCUUGGAGCUUCGACGCCUGAUCUGCGCUGACGGCAGAGCAGCUUUUUAAGAGACUUUGCUCAGGUGGCUCACACACACACACACUUACACACUUUACUCUUCUGUUGCAGCCGGGGACUGCAGAGCAAAUGAUUUACCAGCAGGGGGGAAUGUAACUCUUCAGUUUAACACAUGAAAUCACUGAGAUGUCAUUUUAAAGGGUGUGUGUGUGUGUGUGUGUGUGUGUAAAUUAUACAUUUUUAAAUUGUUUCUCUGUCAUUUAAUAGCUUCAACCUUCAAACACUAAUUGUACUUGCACAUAAAAAGUAAUUUAAAUUAUCUUUUUCCUGCAGUUCAGUGACACUGACACAGUGAGGAUGUUACAAAUCUAUAGGCCUUUUCAAAGCAGACAUUUGUCUUGUCAAAGUAAAAGCGUUACCAAUCUGUUGUAUUUCAAGAUAUAAUAUGCAACUUUUCUGCAUUAAAAUGUGUAAACAUUA